AAUCAAACAAGCAGCAAACCUAAUACGUGAAUCAAACUGAUACUUGCCUAUUCUCUCUACAUCUUCACAAACAAACCUAAAAAAUUCUCAACUCGUUUCAAUCAUCUGCCCAAUCUGCACGAUCAUGCCACCACCCCGAGCGCUUCCAGGGUUCUACUUCGACGCAGAGAAAAACCGCUAUUUCCCAAUCAAAAACCCCAUUCCCGGCUCUUCUUCCAAGAAACCUAAAGUCACCACUCCAAAACCUCCCCAAACCGAUCAGUUUCAAGAAAAGAGUAAGACUUCUUGUAGGAAGCUUCGGAACAGAACGUCGAAGCUGCUUCAGAUUAGGGAGUUAGACGGUCGUCAUGUUAGUGCCUCACAUUAUUGCAAGUGUAACUUCACUGAGGAGUUUCGGAGAAUUCGAACAUCUCAGCCUACUAUUUGGAAGUAUCAAGGAACUGAUAGGAUGUGUAUUAGUGCUUUGGAACACUUGAAUGUCGAUGUGCAGACACUAGAAGGGAGGUUUCAGACAGAUGUUUUGUUGAGUGGAAGCAUAAGUGGCUCGCUGAGUUUUUCUGAAGUUGGAAGGAUUGGGCAAAAUUUUAAUGACGGGGUAAAGUGGAUGCCAUAUUGUAUGAAGAGUAAUAUUAAAGGGAAAGAAGAUGGGCAUAGCAAGGUGCCAGGGCCUCUUUUCAGACAUAAUGGAGCUUCGCUGCAUAUGUCCUCCAGAAUAUCUUGUAUAAGAUUGGGUCCAAAUUUAGCCCCUCAUGAUGCGAGUGAUAGUCCAAUUGUUGGAAAUGCAUUAUUUACUACUCUGGGAUCAGAAACAUCUGGUGGAUCUGUUUAUACCAUCAGUCUUGCAGAGACAAUAGAUCUUGGAGCAGGAAUUCUAAAUACAUGGAGUAGACUAGAGGAAGUAACUUCUUUCAUGUGCACCCUUUGGACAGCUGAAUACGACUAUAACAGACAUCGGGCUAUAAUUGGUACUAAUCAGGGAGGUGCUUCGGUGGAUUUGGAAAGUGGGACAAGGUCAUGGUUUUUACGUUGUAAAAGUGAUGUUUUUGCACAACAGAUUGUUGAUUCAGGGAAUGUGAUUUUAUGUGGACUAAGAAACGGGGAAGUUGUCUCCGUAGAUUUUAGAAAGAAAAGAUUGCUUUCUAGUAGAUUUCCUGAGCAUAGGAUAUCACAUGUAUCUUCAGAUAAGAGAGUUGGAAGUUCUAAGCUUGGCGGAAACAUUUAUCCCUCACAUACCAUUAAGAUGCCUUCAUCUAUAUCCUGUUUGGCAUCACUUAAAUAUGAUGACCAGUACUUCUUGGCAAGCUCUGUGGAUGGAUCGAUAAAGCUAUACGACCGUCGCAUGCUCCAGAGGGGUGCUGUUCAAUCUUAUGAAGGGCACGUGAACUCCCAUACUCAAAUACAGCUCGGCGUUGACCCAGAUGAGAGAUAUGUUAUGUCAGGUGGGGAGGAUUGCAAGCUACGCAUAUGGAGUAUAAAAUCCGGGGAAUUGCUUUUGGAGGAUAAAUUUUCUAAUUCAGUUCUAACCACUGUGUGCUAUCAAUCAUUUAAAAAAUUUAAAGCAGAGGAAGAAAACAAAUACAACUACAAUUCUUCUUUGGGUGCAUGGCUUGGAUCAUAUGAAGGACUCUUUUAUAUGGACUGGCUGUGAGUGUAAUGUAGCUGCUGCUACCUGCUGGUCUAUUCCGGUCUAAGCACGGCAUGGUUAAUAGCUUGUAGAUAUUGAGGAUUCAGUUUAAUUCCCUGUUAAUCAUUUUAUUAUUUGAUUAGAGCUAGAAUUUUGAUAUAGCAAGUGGUAGAGACAACCAAUUACUUCGUUGAAGUAAUGAUAUUUGUUUAGUAUUUACACAUGCAAACAAUGAAAAGGAAAGAGAAGGAAAAAGCAUAAUUUUGCUCUGGCUUUUUGGCAUCAAGGUUUCUGUGUUGACCAUCUUGUUCAUGUACUGUGAGAUUCAUGAUUCAUCAUCAUAUAUGUGUAUCAGUGUCAGCCAUGGUUGUGGUUGUCACUGUAUUCACACUUUUUAACAGCUCAUAAUUGCCCUGUCUUUGUUGAACGACCGACUGUGAAAGUAAGUUUAUGCUGCUAUGAUGGAAGGAUAAUAAAAUUAGGAAAAAGUUUAUGUUGCCAUAAGAAAUUACAAAAAGUUGGGAAUGAUUCCACCUCCACACAAAAGCUACAAAUUAUAUAAAAAAUAAAAACUACAAAUAAUUUAUUCAGCAUAGAUUUUAUUCUAAAAAGAAAAUUAGUCUAACAUCGCAAAAAUCAACAAUGUCUGACCGUUGCAAAGUUAAGUUGGGGAAUUCUCACGGUAAAACCCAAAGGUGAGUUUUUCCCUGCAUGAAAACUUUAUUUCAAAUUCUGAUACUUGUCUUCACAAUCUUGAUUUGUAUAUUUGGAUAUCAGAGAUCAUAAUGGGAACGUAUUGAAUAUCUUAUGGCUACUAAUAAUUUUGAGUUUAAAAUG